GCUGAAGGUUGGUCUCUAAAAUUUGUUCUGUGAACAGUUAGUUUGUCCUCAUGAAGAUGGAGAGCUGCUUGUUUAUUCUCUUGGUCUCAUCCCUGCUCAUGUCCACCACAGCCAACAGUGAUGUUAGGCUGGUGAACAGUGACAGUCCCUGUGCUGGGAGAGUGGAGGUUUUUCAUCAAGGACAGUGGGGAACUGUGUGUGAUGAUGGCUGGCAUAUGGAGGAUGCUGCAGUGGUGUGUAGACAGCUGGGUUGUGGAGAUGCUGUAGAAGCACCACUUCAUGCUCACUUUGGACCAGGAACUGGGAACAUCUGGAUGGAUAAAGUUUCCUGCAUGGGGUCAGAAUCCACUCUGAUGGACUGUAGACAUGGAGGAUGGGGUGUACACAGCUGUGGUCAUAGUGAAGAUGCUGGAGCCAUCUGCUCAGCUCACAGAGCAGUCCGACUGGUACAGGGUACACACCUGUGUUCCGGGAGAGUGGAGGUGGAGCACCGGGGGACCUGGCACACAGUGUGUGAUGCUGACUUUGACCUGCAGGAUGCAGAGGUUGUGUGUCGGCAGCUGGGCUGUGGGAUCCCUGCGAAGGUGUUGGGAGGGUCUGCCUUUGGGACGGGGGUCCAUCAGAUGUGGACAGAGAGGAUUCAGUGUAGAGGAAAUGAGUCACAUGUUUCAUUCUGUCCAAAAUCACCCACAAGAAAACCCUGCUCACAUGGUAACAAUGUGGGACUUCAAUGUUCUGGGUACGUAAAAGGCAGACUGGUGGGCGGCUCAGACCGCUGCUCUGGGAGGGUGCAAUUACAGUACCUCACUGAGUGGGGCACAGUGUGUGAUGCAUCCUGGGAUCUGAGAGCAGCCAAUGUCCUCUGUCAGCAGCUGGGCUGUGGGAGAGCUGUGGCAGUGCCAGGACAGGCCUGGUUUGGAAAGGGCAGCGGCCCCAUCUGGGCUGAUAUGUUUGAGUGUCAGGGGAAGGAGACACACUUGUCCCAGUGUACUGUUUCUUCAUGGAACCGAGUUGCGUGCUCGCAUGGAAAUGAUGCAGGAGUCAUCUGUACUGGAUCAUCUCUCUCAACCCUCAAUGGGAUGGUCCGACUGUCUGGAGAAAGUGCCUGCGAGGGCCAGCUGGAGGUUCACCACCAGCACAUGUGGAGCAGAGUUCUCAUGGACGCCUGGAGCUUCAGGGAGGCCUCUGUGGUCUGCAGACAGCUGGGCUGUGGUUCUGCAGUGAGGAUCUACAGCUCCUCCCUGUCUGGGACAGAGGAAACUGAUGUGUGUCUCACAGGGUAUCAGUGCUCUGGGACUGAGUCUCACCUGGUCAACUGUAGUGCUCCACAUACAUUCAUCUGCAGCUCCAACCCACAUGUUUCCAUAGUGUGUUCCAGACACAGGUCCCUGAAACUGGUGGGUGAUGGGGGUGGCUGUGCAGGGAGGUUGGAGGUGUUCCACCAGGGCUCCUGGGGGACAGUGUGUGAUGAUUCCUGGGACCUGAAAGAUGCUCAGGUGGUCUGCAGACAGCUCCAGUGCGGGGCAGCUAUCACCGACCCAGUGCCAACUUUCUUAGGUUCAGGAACUGGACCCAUCUGGUUGGAUGAGGUGGGCUGCAAGGGGCAUGAAAUGUCCCUCUGGGACUGUCCUUCAGUACAGUGGGGACAGCAUGACUGUCGACACAGAGAUGAUGUGCAAGUUGUAUGUUCAGAGUACAAAGACCUGAGACUGGCUGAAGGUUGCACUGGUCAGUUGGAGGUUUACUACAAUGGCACCUGGGGAAAUGUGUGUUUUAAUCAAAUGGACACAAACACAGCAAGUCUAAUAUGUCAACAGCUUAACUGUGGGAAGAGUGGAACUGUUUCUAGUACAAGAUCUCGACUGAAAGGAGCUCCAAACUGGCUGGAUACUGUCAAAUGUCGCCCACAUGACUCCACACUGUGGCAGUGUCCAUCCUCUCCCUGGGGACAGAACAAAUGUGAUGAACAUGAAGUGGCCCUUAUUACCUGUGAACGUGCAUGACCUUAAAUUCAUUACUAUUGUCUUUGUAUAGGAAUUGCUUUUAUUGCUUUUUUAUAUUUACUUUUAUUCAUUUAGCAGACACAUAUGUUGGAAGUUCUAAAGUUAAGCUGUAGAAUGUAACUCCUCCAGCAUUUCUUGUAGCGUUUCAGGAUUAAACUGUGUCUUAAUGGUUGGGUUCUGUUAGUUAUUUGUAGACCAAAACAAAUGAGAUUAUGAUUUUGGGCAUUUUCAAAACAACCUAAUAAGGUACUGCCACAGUGAUCUCAAAUUUACUUUGUUUUCUAUAGAAAAUACAGCAUUAUAUACUUGCAAGCACAGAAUAUUAUGGGAUAAAUGAGAUAAAGUAUUCUUGUCUGGGACAGGUAAGUAAAGUGUGUAGCAGUAUAACAGAAUCCUAAUAAACCUUGACAGGAGGUAAUAAGAUGUAGAAAUAUGGUGUAUAGAUAGAAGUGCUCAAAACUGAUUCUUUUAGUGGCAAUGCUUAUGAUAUGUGGUGUUCAGUCUUGCCAGGUUACUGGAGAACCUGGUGAUUGACUGGUUCAGGACAAUAAAUAAAGAGGUUAAAGGCUGUACAGAAACAACAAGGAGAUCCAUUUUGUUCAAGUCUGAAGGCUGAAUACAUCUGUUCAAGAGCCUAUGUUGGAUAAGUGUCAGCAUUGGUAAGCAUCUGAACAUUCUUGUGUUUUGGGGAGGAAGUGAUUAAAGGGAGAUGGUCUGCAUACAAGAAUUAAGCAGCACUGAAAACAUUUUUCAGCAGACAAGAGAGUAGGUAAAGAGCCACUGGAAGUGAUGAGCAGAGAUGAGAAGCCCAAAAGGGACCAAGGCUAAGAGAGUUGGUUUAAUAAAGAAUAAAGGAAAGGUAUAUUGUCAAGUAGACAGAUGGUCAGUUUUUCCAGGACUGCUCCAGAAAGGCAUCAACUGAAAUCUGA